AUUAAACGAUGAGGAAAUUUUCAUCGUGUUUAUAAAUCGUAGGACCUUGCCAGUGAAAGCAAUAACCAUUAAGACGAUGUUCAAACCAGCUCUGUACUCUAAAAUCAACGAACAGGCGCGUCGUGAUACCAGCGACUUCAUUGAGGAACAUUCUCGUGAAAUUGGCUUAAUGUCAGGACGGUGCCUUGAUAUUGGAAGCGGUCCCUGUGACGUAGUCAGCGAUUUUCUGCUUCCAAAACUAGACCCGAAGUCAACCGUUGUCUGCUCGGACAUUUCCAAGACCAUGUUGGACUACGCAAAAGAAAAAUACGGCGCCAACGACCGGCUAUCCUUUCUCCAGCUGGACAUCGAGUCCCCGGCGCUGGAAAAAGAUCUAAUUGAACAAUUCGAUCACGUUACGUCGUUCUAUUGCUUACACUGGUGCCAAGACAUGCGUCAAGCCUUGGAGAACAUCUUUGAUCUGCUUCGUCCUGGAGGUACGGCCUUCUUGACCUUCGGGAGCAAUUUUCCUUGCAUGGACGCCUACAAGGUGCUGGCGACUGUCCCGCGGUACCAUCGUUACAUGAAGGAUGUGGACCGUUUCAUUCCAGUAUUUCAGUAUGCCGAACGUCCACGCGAAGCGCUAAAAACGUUGCUUCGACAUGUCGGCUUUGAGGUCUGCCACUGCAGUCGCAGAGAAAUAAGCGGCAUUUACAAAACUCCAAAUGAUUUCAGCAGAAUGAUGGCAGCUAUCAACCCCUUUAUCCACCGCAUGCCGGCUGAACUACAGCGAGAGUAUGAAAUAGAUUUGGGCAUAGAAGGGACGAAGAAUGCAAUUGUCUUCAACAAGGAUAAUAAUGGUGGCUAUAGCAUACUGUCCAGACAUCACAUGUUUGUAGUUUACUUGGAAAAACCUUGGAUCGAUUAAUAAACAGCCGGAUGAUCAA